AUGCCGUCUCCACUCGCAGACCCGGUCAAGCUUCCUUGCGGUCUUGUGUUGCCCAACCGACUGAGCAAGGCUGCUAUGGCCGAGCUCAUGGCCAAGACGAACCACCCCACCGACAACCUCCUCGACGCCUACGAACAAUGGGCGCAGGGCGGAUGGGGCAGUAUCCUGACCGGCAACAUCCAAAUUGACGUCGACCACCUCGGCAGCCCCUACGACACAGCCAUGCACGCCGAAUACACCGGCGACACAGCCCUGGUGUCCCAGUGGAAGAAGUACGCCGAUACCUGCCAGAAGCACGGCACACCCGCCAUCGCCCAGCUCUGCCACCCCGGCCGCCAGUCAUUCCGUGUUGCGGGCCGCCGCGGCAUCUUCGCUCAGACUCUGGCUCCCAGUGAGGUGCCGGUUCGACUUGGCGAUGGCCUGCUGCAGCGGUUUGUUGCCGCGCUGGCGUGGACGGCGCCGCGCGAGAUGACGCGCGCGGAUAUCGAGAGGGUGAUCCGUCAGUUUGUGGAUUGCGCGCGUUUGAUGGCGGAUGCAGGGUUUUCGGGGAUUGAGCUGCAUGGGGCGCAUGGGUACUUGAUUGAUCAAUUCCUGAACAGCAAGACAAACCUCCGCACAGACGAGUACGGCGGCCCACCCGAGAAACGCGCUCGCUUCGUCCUCGAAAUCAUCUCCGAGAUCCGCAAAGUCGUCCCAGCCAAGUUCUGCGUCGGCAUCAAACUCAACUCAGCAGACCACAGCUCCGCCACCUUCGAAGACACCAUGACCCAGAUCAAGCUGCUCGCCGACGCAGGCAUCGACUUCAUGGAAAUCAGCGGCGGCACCUACGAAGACCCCAAAAUGAUGGGCUGGCCCGAAUCCAGCCCGCCAGCCACCAAAUCCGAGCGUACAGCCGCGCGCGAGGCCUUCUUCCUGGAAUUCUCCAAGGAAGUGCGCCGGCGGCUGCCGGGCCUGGUGCUGAUGUUGACGGGCGGGUUCCGCACGCGCGCGGGCGCGGAGUCUGCGAUUCAUGAUAACGCCUGUGAUCUGAUUGGCAUUGGGCGGCCUGCUGCUAUUGAUGCGAGGUUCCCGCAGUUACUGCUCGAUGAGAGCGUGCCGGAUGAGAAGGCGCAGUUGCCUCUGAAUAAAGUGUCGCCACCGUUUUUUACGCGGUUUUUGCCGCUUAAUAUUGUCGGCGGGGGUGCGGAGAGCACAUUCUAUGCUAAUCAGAUUCAUCGGCUGGCCAAGGGCAUUGCGACGUAUGUUCCGGCUCUGUGA